AUGACAUCCGCAUUGUAUUUAGAGCAUUAUUUAGAUGGUUUAGAGCAUCUACCGAACGAGUUGAAACGAAACUUUACCCUGAUGCGUGAUCUGGACUCGCGUGCACAAAUGCUGAUGAAAUCUAUCGAUGAAAAAGCGGACGAAUACUUGAAAUCGCUCGUCAACUCCAAGGAAAACAUUUCCGAUGACGUAAAGAAGGAAAAGCUACAGGCCAUCCAGGAACUGUUCAACAAGGCAAAGGAGUACGGUGACGACAAGGUGCAGUUGGCAAUACAGACGUACGAACUGGUGGACAAGCAUAUACGCCGCCUGGAUUCCGAUUUGGCUCGAUUCGAGGGCGAAAUUCACGACAAAACAGUGAAUGCGCGUGAAAAAUCGGAAGAAAACGUUACCAAAAAGGGACGCAAAAAGGUUAAAGACAGUAAGAGUACGGUGAAAAAGAAGCGAACACAUUCCUCCGAAGAUGAAACAAAGCCAGCGGGCAACGGAGGAGUGACCAACAGUGGGGCAAACAGCGGUGCCGCCAACUCGAACGGAAAGGGCAAAAACACGAAGAAGCAGAAGGUAAAUCAAGAAAAAGAAGGUCGCAAAGGGCAAAAUAAGAAGGGAGUCGAAAAUGAUGACGCUACCCAGGACGGUGGUCAUGUGAAUCCACAUCCAAGCGACGUACUGGAUAUGCCAGUCGAUCCGAAUGAACCCACCUACUGUCUGUGCCACCAGGUAUCAUACGGAGAAAUGAUCGGUUGCGAUAAUCCGGACUGCCCUAUCGAAUGGUUCCAUUUUGCGUGUGUUGGAUUGACGACAAAACCGAAAGGAAAAUGGUUUUGUCCGAAAUGUUCACAGGACCGGAAAAAGAAAUAA